CGCUCCUAUCUCUUCCGGUUCCUGUCAUUACGUUUUUCUGUGCGUUCUGAACCACAUCGUGGCGUAUAAAAAACAGUUAAAAAUCAGUUUAAAAAUGGGUAGAAAAGGAAAUUCUACAGAUAAACUCUUACAAAAGAUUAAAAAAUUAAAGAAAGAAAUUAAGAAGAAGGGAAAAAGAAGUAAGAAAAGAAAUUCUUCAUCUGAAACAAGCCAUUCUAGUUCCAGCUCAUCGAACAGCAGAACAUCACAUCGAUCCCGAUCGCGUAGUUCUAUCCGCGACUCUAGGUCGAGAGGUAGAUCACGCAAUAGAUCGGAAAAGAAAAAGAAUCCGAGCAAUGAGAGAUCCCGAAGAGGCUCAUCCGAAGACUCGUAUACACCAAGAAAAAAUCCACGAGGUAUGUCCCGCGGCCAUGACAGUCCAUUGGAAGAGCACAGUCACAGCGGAAUGCAUAACCCGAGAGAUUGGAUAAGAAGGUAUGUCGCUCAGCCAGAGAAUGAGGAGGAAUAUAGCUACCGAGACUCGGAAAACUCACCACAUUCUCCUUUACACGAUCCGGAGGAUCCAGAGCGGAAUAACCUGCAAUCGACAGGUAAAAAAGAUGGCGCGCCCUCACAAGAAAAGAAUGAUAGUCAACAGUCGGUAAAGAAGGUCACGGAUAUGGACGAAGCGGAUUUAGUUCAGUUAGGGGGCGACCCCUUCGCCAAUGUCAAGCUCAGUGGACCAAUAAACAAAACAUUAGCGACAGUGUGGCAAAAAAUUAUGCAGAUCGGUCUAUCAAAAGAAAUUCGUAAGGAAUUGAUCGAAAAACAUCCUCCGGCUGAAAAUUGCAAUAUGAUGGCAGCCCCUACAUUAAAUGCAGAAAUUAAGAAUAUUAUUGGUCAGACAGGAGUAAAAAAGGACCAAUUUCAGAUAGCUUCACAAAAUCAGCUGGGAGCAGCUAUAAGUUCCUUAGGUACAGCCGUAAGUAAACUUUUAAAUUUUCAACUGUCAGACAAUAAAUCAGACUCGAAAAAUCAUUCGAUAAGCGAAAUACUGACUCUUCUCAGCGAUUCAGGAAAACUCUUAACAGACCUGCACCAUGAAAUAUCUCUAACCAGAAGGAAUUUCAUCUCUUCUGGCAGAGACUCAAAAUUAAAAAUUGUUGCUGAAAAUUCGCCGGUUGACAAUUCUCUAUUUGGAGAAAACUUUCCUGAACAAUUUAAAGCUGCAAGGGAAGUCGAGAAAGUCGGUAAAGAGCUGACUAAAAUAACAAAAACAGAUAAAAGAAAGCCAUAUCAUCAGCCAUAUCACCAGCCCUCUCGCUCACGACAAACCGCACCCAGAACUGGUGAUUUAAACUGGAAGGGCCCUCCCAAGAAGAGUUACUCGAACCACAGACGGGGAGGGCCGCAUCCAUCUCGAACAACUCGCAACCCGCAACCGAGGAACUGAAGGAAAAUACACCCUCUACACGAGACGCUUACCCUGGUGGUGGCACGCUUAUCAGGGAAGCGUUCAUGAAAAGAGGAGCAUCCGAAGAAGCAGCCAAUGUAAUGUUAGCCUCAAUCACC